AUGGACAGAGAAAUUUUGUUCAUUCUUCCUGCAAGCAGCUCCAAACCAGUGUGCCUCAUCUGCUCCGAAAGCGUGGCACUAAUUAAAAGUGGCAACGUGAAGCGCCACUACGAAUCUAAGCACAGCUCAUUUGAGCAAAGUUAUCCCUUGAAGUCUGAGCUGAGGGCACGCAAAAUAACCGAACUGCAAGCCCAGUAUGACAGAUCGACCCGACUCAUCACGCAUACAUUUACAGCCCAGCAACGUGCAAACGAAUGCUCACUAAAGGUAUCGUGGAUUUUGGGGCAACAUAAAAAAACUUUUAGUGAUGGGACAGUAGUGAAGGAGUGCUUAAACGCUGUUGCUGAGACACUGUUUGAGGGAAAACAAAAGGACGACAUGUGUGAAAAAAUCAAACAAAUCCCGAUGUCAGCUUCAACAGCAACUAGAAAAUCUGAAAUAUUAGCAGAUGAUGUACUGGCACAGCUUGAUGCUGCAAUUCAGAGUGCACCAUGCAUAUCUUUGGCCAUUGAUGAGUCUACAGAUGUUACUGAUAAUGCCCAGCUUUUGGUGUAUGUGAGAUUUUGUAACAAAGAUAAGAAGGAGAUCUGUGAGGACCUGCUGGGUGUAACACCACUGGAAACACACACAAGAGGAGAGGACAUAUAUGCAGCAAUAAAAGAGAUGCUGAGGAAGAGGGGCAUAGAUCUGAAGCAGGUUGUCUCUGUCACCACAGAUGGUGCUCCUGCCAUGAUUGGAAAAGAGAGGGGGGCUGUGUCCCGGAUGAAAGAGGACAACCCAGAUCUUCUUGCAUACCACUGUCUCAUCCAUCAGACUGUUCUGUGUGCCACUCUAUCACAACAUUUUGCUGAAGUAAUGAACACAGUGAUGAAACUCAUCAACUUCCUUAGGGCAUCCUCAUCCCUUCAGCAUCGCCUCCUGAGAGAAUUCCUGGCAGAUGUUGAGGCAAAUGCCAAUGACCUGCUACUGCACAACAAUGUGAGGUGGCUGAGCAAAGGAAAUGCACUGGGACGUUUCUGGUCUGUUCGAGAAGAAAUUGCAGCUUUCUUAGAGCAGGUCAAGAGUCAGAGAGCAACACAGUUUUCACUUUUUCUGCAAGAUGAGCACAAGAUGAACAUGGUUGCCUUUUUGGUUGACAUUACAUCACAUCUUAAUGAGCUCAAUGUAAAGCUGCAGGGCCAGAACAACACAGUUGCUGAUUUGAUGACAGCUAUUCGCUCUUUCCAGAGGAAGCUGGACAUUUUUAAAGAUCUUGAAGGAGGGUGUGAACACUUCCCAAAACUGCAGGAACAGAUCCAGGGUGAGAGAGACGUUUAUCCUUAUGUUGACUUCAUAGACAAGCUGAUUGGAAACUUCAGUAAAAGGUUCAACAGCUCCAGCCUUGGGCAGCAGCUCCUCCUGCUAAUCCAGAAUCCUUUCCUCAUCAGAGAAGUCAGAGGAUUUUCGAAGGAAGUGACACAGACAUUCAAGUGGGCACAUGCAGGAUCUCUACAGCUUGAGCUCAUUGAUCUGCAAGGAAAUGCUCCAUUAAGAGAGCAUUUUGAGGCAACUGACCCUGCUACUUUCUGGCUACAGACUGUGUCUGAGAGUGUGUUCCUGGUCUCACCAAAGUAG